AUGGGCCAUCUACGUGUAAAUAUUAUAGUGUUAGUUACAAUUCUAUUAUUGAUAACAUGUAAAGAAAUCACAGCCCAAGAUUGUUCAUUAAUACCGGGAGUUUUGGAGUAUAUACCCAUAAAUGUAAACAUCAAAGACAUCGAUAAUGGUAUCAUUUAUGAAAAUAACGCAAAUGCACAAGUUUCAGAAAUUGGAGAUAUUAUACACAUAGGAAUUAAUAAUAUCUAUUUUACGGGUUCAAUUGCGGAUUCAAAGUUCUCUUUAAGCACAAGCCCUAACUUUAUAGAGUAUGAGGAAUAUGAAACUUCACUUACAGUGGAUCUGUCAGUACAAAUUACGUGCACUAAUGGCAUGACCAAUCAGCAGUUAUUUCGAAUAAAUAUACAAGAUACAAACAACAAUUGGCCUGAAUUUAAACCUACAAACACAUAUGAAUUUACAAUUCCAACACCUAUAUUACCUGGAUACAAUAUUGGACAAUGUGAAUCUAUAAUUGUGAGAGACAUAGAUCUUACAACGACCGGCAUUAUUUUCGAAUUAAGUGGUAGUAAUGACUUUGAAAUUAUAUUCGACGAAGUAUCCUCAACAGAACCAAAAGAAUUUAAGGCUAUUAUAAGAACUACAACAUUUAUUAGUACAUUACCAGAAUCUACAGAACUGACCAUAACGGCAACGGAUGUUGAUGAAACUGGUGAUCCACCUCUGACAUCCACGGCAUCAGUUGUUAUUCGCAGUUAUAAUGAUGUAUCUUGGCCGGAGGAACCAGUAUUUUCCAGAACAUUUUACCUAGGCAAAUAUACUACUGAAAAUGUGAUUAUAUUAGAAGAAGCUAUUUCACUGCAACAAGGUUAUCAUGAAGAAGUGGAAUUCAGUUUACAUGAAGAAUAUGCAGCUUAUUUCGAAAUUAUUAAGAAUAAUAAUGACGUAUCCCUUUCCGUUAUUUCACCAUUACCAAGCGAAAUCUUAACACAGCAACAAAUAUACAUCGUUGUACAAGCUCAUCGGGAAUUUACUAGUGGAGCCACAACUACCUUGAUUGUACAAUUACCUGAAGAAAUUACUUUACAGUUUGAACAAUCCUAUUAUGAAGGUGCCAUCGUAGAUAAUGAGUUAAUAAUUGAGGAUCUCCUUUUGACACAGGGAUACGAAGAACAUUCAGUAUCACUCUCAGUCUCAAAUGAUAAUUUCCAAGCAUCCAUUAAUGCUAAUCGUAUAACGCUGACAAAGACGCCUAAUAGUGCCAUUGAAGGAAAUGCCUUUUUAAACUUGCAAGUAACAGCGUCUACGGAGCGUAGUUCAGCUACAGUCGUCGUGACUUUAGAAAUAGUUAAUGAUGACAAUACAACACCUCUGUUUGGCAAAGCUCUCUACGAAGGAACCUACGAUCCUAGUACACUUGAACUGAUCAUCGAACCAAUAGAACUGGUGCAAGGUUAUGAUGACGCUGUGGAAAUUACACACGACGGAGACCACGCGAACUAUUUUCAAUUACAACGAGAUGGACCAACUUCUAUAUUAACCGUGGAAAGUUUGCCACCAGAAGUUUUCAAUGAACAGAGACAAUUGACGCUUAUAAUAACUGCAACUAAACCUAGAACAAUCGGCGCUACAGCCAUCGUACAAAUCAGAUUACCUCCAGCAAGACUAUUGACAUUUGAAGCCCCUAUAUACAAAGGAACCUAUGAAAAUGGUCUAUUUGAACACGACACCAUUAGAUUAAAUGUUGAUUAUGAUGAUGACGUUACAUUCAGUAUUAAUAGCGAUUUCAACAGUAACUUUGAUGUAACGUAUCAAGAAAACGAAGUAAUAAUACUGUUAUUGGAACCGCUUCCUGAGAGUGUUAUUUCAGAAAAUAAUUUCCUUUCGAUAAUACUAAGCGCCUCUGCUGUUAAUGCUGAAACUACGUCUACAACUUUAUUGAUAGAAAUAAUAAAAGACGACAUUACCACCCCUGUUUUUAAUAACCAUAUUUACCAUGCAACCUUUUCCAAUAACAAUAUUGAUAUUGAGGACAUUUCUUUAUUGCAAGGCUAUGACUCCACAGUAUCAAUAGAUUUGAUUGGCGAACAUUCGCAAUAUUUUAAUUUCGAAACAAUAGAAAACACUGUACGGAUUCAAUUAACAAGUCCAAUUCCGGAAGAUGUGAUUCUUAAUGAGAAAAAAUUGUUUUUCAAUGUUAUAGCUGAAAAACCAAACACAGUUGGUGCAAACGCAGCUAUUAUUGUCAGUUUUCCUGCAGAACUUACUAAUCCCACAAUAAUGAGAUUUUCGCGAAAUGCUUACAUUGGUGCUAUAGAAGAUAAUCAAUUGACUUUAGAAGACAUCAGUCUCAUAUCGGGUUACACAGAAGACACUGAAUUUACAAUAAGUGGAGAUUUGGAAAGUUACUUCAGGCUGUCAAAAAAUGAAUCAAUUGUUACUUUAAUACUGGACGACCUCAUACCUGAAGAAUCAGUGCCUACCAACCGAAUCAUUGAGCUUGAUAUACAUGCUACUACAGGAGAUGCUGUACCUGCAGUAGCAACGAUAAUACUCAAAGUUAUAUCAGAAAACAACGAACUUGUAGAACUCGUUUUCGCAGAAACUUAUUACGUUGGAUCUUACAGCAGAAAUACUAGUAUCGAAUUCGAUAAAUCCAUAUCUUUGUCAGACGGUUAUGACGAAAACGUCAUUUUCGAUAUUGAAGGAGAUGAUUCACAAUAUUUCACCACAGUUCAAGACGGGAAUUCCGUCACGUUGAAUUUGAUUCAACCAAUACCACCUGCGAUUUUGAACAAUAAGAACCAGCUGCUAUUCAUAAUUACUGCUCAGAAACCCGGAAGUACAACUGCACGUUCGACAAUCGUAAUCUCAUUGCUCAAUGAGUUCGAUAACGAGAGCUUGCUCGCAUUCGACCGGAAUAAUUAUGUGGGCUCCAUCGAAAGCGAUACUAUCACCUUAACACCUAUUACACUGAGGGAUGGAUACACCGAACAGGUCCAGUUUACCUUACUUGGAGCACUACAAGAGUACUUCUCGGUUGUGAACUAUGGCCCAACGGUUACGAUAGAACUGGUCGAUGUCAUACCUGAGCAAUUGAUACCUCCCAACCAGAUCAUAAUACUCGAUCUACGCGCUUCUGUAGAUGAUGCCGUGCCAGCAGUGGCAACGAUAGUACUUGAAGUCGUAUCAGACAACGAGUCCACAGUCAGCGAACUCGUCUUCGCGCAAACUUACUACGUCGGAUCUUAUGGCGUCGUCCCUGGUUUUGUAUUCGAAAAUGUCAUAUCUAUAUCGGAAGGCUUCGACGAUAGCGUUGAAUUCGAUCUCGAAGGAGAUGAUUCACAAUAUUUCACCAUAGUUCAAGACGGGAAUUCCGUCACGUUGGAUUUGAUUCAUCCAAUACCACCUGCGAUUUUGAACAAUAACAACCAGCUGCUAUUCAUAAUUACUGCUCAGAAAUCCGGAAGUACAACUGCACGGUCGACAAUCGUAAUCUCAUUGCUCAAUGAGUUCGAUAACGAGAGCUUGCUCGCAUUCGACCGGAAUAAUUAUGUGGGCUCCAUCGAAAGCGAUACUAUCACCUUAAUACCUAUUACACUGAGGGAUGGAUACACCGAACAGGUCCAGUUUACCUUACUUGGAGCACUACAAGAGCACUUCUCGGUUGUGAACGAUGGCCCAACGGUUACGAUAGAACUGGUCGAUGUCAUACCUGAGCAAUUGAUACCUCCCAACCAGAUCAUAAUACUCGAUCUACGCGCUUCUGUAGAUGAUGCCGUGCCAGCAGUGGCAACGAUAGUACUUGAAGUCGUAUCAGACAACGAGUCCACAGUCAGCGAACUCGUCUUCGCGCAAACUUACUACGUCGGAUCUUAUGGCGUCGUCCCUGGUUUUGUAUUCGAAAAUGUCAUAUCUAUAUCGGAAGGCUUCGACGAUAGCGUUAAAUUCGAUCUCGAAGGAGAUGAUUCACAAUAUUUCACCAUAGUUCAAGACGGGAAUUCCGUCACGUUGGAUUUGAUUCAUCCAAUACCACCUGCGAUUUUGAACAAUAACAACCAGCUGCUAUUCAUAAUUACUGCUCAGAAAUCCGGAAGUACAACUGCACGGUCGACAAUCGUAAUCUCAUUGCUCAAUGAGUUCGAUAACGAGAGCUUGCUCGCAUUCGACCGGAAUAAUUAUGUGGGCUCCAUCGAAAGCGAUUCUAUCACCUUAAUACCUAUUACACUGAGGGAUGGAUACACCGAACAGGUCCAGUUUACCUUACUUGGAGCACUACAAGAGCACUUCUCGGUUGUGAACGAUGGCCCAACGGUUACGAUAGAACUGGUCGAUGUCAUACCUGAGCAAUUGAUACCUCCCAACCAGAUCAUAAUACUCGAUCUACGCGCUUCUGUAGAUGAUGCCGUGCCAGCAGUGGCAACGAUAGUACUUGAAGUCGUAUCAGACAACGAGUCCACAGUCAGCGAACUCGUCUUCGCGCAAACUUACUACGUCGGAUCUUAUGGCGUCGUCCCUGGUUUUGUAUUCGAAAAUGUCAUAUCUAUAUCGGAAGGCUUCGACGAUAGCGUUGAAUUCGAUCUCGAAGGAGAUGAUUCACAAUAUUUCACCAUAGUUCAAGACGGGAAUUCCGUCACGUUGGAUUUGAUUCAUCCAAUACCACCUGCGAUUUUGAACAAUAACAACCAGCUGCUAUUCAUAAUUACUGCUCAGAAAUCCGGAAGUACAACUGCACGGUCGACAAUCGUAAUCUCAUUGCUCAAUGAGUUCGAUAACGAGAGCUUGCUCGCAUUCGACCGGAAUAAUUAUGUGGGCUCCAUCGAAAGCGAUACUAUCACCUUAAUACCUAUUACACUGAGGGAUGGAUACACCGAACAGGUCCAGUUUACCUUACUUGGAGCACUACAAGAGCACUUCUCGGUUGUGAACGAUGGCCCAACGGUUACGAUAGAACUGGUCGAUGUCAUACCUGAGCAAUUGAUACCUCCCAACCAGAUCAUAAUACUCGAUCUACGCGCUUCUGUAGAUGAUGCCGUGCCAGCAGUGGCAACGAUAGUACUUGAAGUCGUAUCAGACAACGAGUCCACAGUCAGCGAACUCGUCUUCGCGCAAACUUACUACGUCGGAUCUUAUGGCGUCGUCCCUGGUUUUGUAUUCGAAAAUGUCAUAUCUAUAUCGGAAGGCUUCGACGAUAGCGUUAAAUUCGAUCUCGAAGGAGAUGAUUCACAAUAUUUCACCAUAGUUCAAGACGGGAAUUCCGUCACGUUGGAUUUGAUUCAUCCAAUACCACCUGCGAUUUUGAACAAUAACAACCAGCUGCUAUUCAUAAUUACUGCUCAGAAAUCCGGAAGUACAACUGCACGGUCGACAAUCGUAAUCUCAUUGCUCAAUGAGUUCGAUAACGAGAGCUUGCUCGCAUUCGACCGGAAUAAUUAUGUGGGCUCCAUCGAAAGCGAUACUAUCACCUUAAUACCUAUUACACUGAGGGAUGGAUACACCGAACAGGUCCAGUUUACCUUACUUGGAGCACUACAAGAGCACUUCUCGGUUGUGAACGAUGGCCCAACGGUUACGAUAGAACUGGUCGAUGUCAUACCUGAGCAAUUGAUACCUCCCAACCAGAUCAUAAUACUCGAUCUACGCGCUUCUGUAGAUGAUGCCGUGCCAGCAGUGGCAACGAUAGUACUUGAAGUCGUAUCAGACAACGAGUCCACAGUCAGCGAACUCGUCUUCACGCAAACUUACUACGUCGGAUCUUAUGGCGUCGUCCCUGGUUUUGUAUUCGAAAAUGUCAUAUCUAUAUCGGAAGGCUUCGACGAUAGCGUUGAAUUCGAUCUCGAAGGAGAUGAUUCACAAUAUUUCACCAUAGUUCAAGACGGGAAUUCCGUCACGUUGGAUUUGAUUCAUCCAAUACCACCUGCGAUUUUGAACAAUAACAACCAGCUGCUAUUCAUAAUUACUGCUCAGAAAUCCGGAAGUACAACUGCACGGUCGACAAUCGUAAUCUCAUUGCUCAAUGAGUUCGAUAACGAGAGCUUGCUCGCAUUCGACCGGAAUAAUUAUGUGGGCUCCAUCGAAAGCGAUACUAUCACCUUAAUACCUAUUACACUGAGGGAUGGAUACACCGAACAGGUCCAGUUUACCUUACUUGGAGCACUACAAGAGCACUUCUCGGUUGUGAACGAUGGCCCAACGGUUACGAUAGAACUGGUCGAUGUCAUACCUGAGCAAUUGAUACCUCCCAACCAGAUCAUAAUACUCGAUCUACGCGCUUCUGUAGAUGAUGCCGUGCCAGCAGUGGCAACGAUAGUACUUGAAGUCGUAUCAGACAACGAGUCCACAGUCAGCGAACUCGUCUUCGCGCAAACUUACUACGUCGGAUCUUAUGGCGUCGUCCCUGGUUUUGUAUUCGAAAAUGUCAUAUCUAUAUCGGAAGGCUUCGACGAUAGCGUUAAAUUCGAUCUCGAAGGAGAUGAUUCACAAUAUUUCACCAUAGUUCAAGACGGGAAUUCCGUCACGUUGGAUUUGAUUCAUUCAAUACCACCUGCGAUUUUGGACAAUAACAACCAGCUGCUAUUCAUAAUUACUGCUCAGAAAUCCGGAAGUACAACUGCACGGUCGACAAUCGUAAUCUCAUUGCUCAAUGAGUUCGAUAACGAGAGCUUGCUCGCAUUCGACCGGAAUAAUUAUGUGGGCUCCAUCGAAAGCGAUACUAUCACCUUAAUACCUGUUACACUGAGGGAUGGAUACACCGAACAGGUCCAGUUUACCUUACUUGGAGCACUACAAGAGCACUUCUCGGUUGUGAACGAUGGCCCAACGGUUACGAUAGAACUGGUCGAUGUCAUACCUGAGCAAUUGAUACCUCCCAACCAGAUCAUAAUACUCGAUCUACGCGCUUCUGUAGAUGAUGCCGUGCCAGCAGUGGCAACGAUAGUACUUGAAGUCGUAUCAGACAACGAGUCCACAGUCAGCGAACUCGUCUUCGCGCAAACUUACUACGUCGGAUCUUAUGGCGUCGUCCCUGGUUUUGUAUUCGAAAAUGUCAUAUCUAUAUCGGAAGGCUUCGACGAUAGCGUUGAAUUCGAUCUCGAAGGAGAUGAUUCACAAUAUUUCACCAUAGUUCAAGACGGGAAUUCCGUCACGUUGAAUUUGAUUCAACCAAUACCACCUGCGAUUUUGAACAAUAACAACCAGCUGCUAUUCAUAAUUACUGCUCAGAAACCCGGAAGUACAACUGCACGUUCGACAAUCGUAAUCUCAUUGCUCAAUGAUUCCGAUGAUGAUGCAUCUUUCAGUAACAUUGUUUUUGAAGGAGUUUUACACGGGCCUAACGUUCAUCAUGAUACCAUUACAUUAUCGGGUUACAGUGGCACGAACGUCGAAAUAAUUGGAGUGUAUUCAUCAAUAUUCGUGGCCGAGUUAUCAAAUGGUGUGGUGUCAAUACAAACUGUGAGUUCUGCGAUAAUACCUACUAAUGUUGUCUACAUACCAUUAGAAUUGCGAGCUGGUAGCGCUGGUGCUGUACUCAUACUUGAAGUUCAAGAAGAAACGCAUGUACCACCUUCUGUGACAUUUACUUCUACCUCGUAUGAGAUACGAGUAGACAUUUCUCAAAGUGGAUUCAUUGGAAGUGUGGACGCUACCGCCGACAAUGGAGAAGAUAUUAAAUAUUCGCUUCAAGACCUUAACGAACACCUCCAAACACGUCUUUCGAUAAACAACAAUGGAGAAUUGUACUUAUCUUCACAGGCCGACAGUGGAGUUUACAGGUUCCAAGUGAUCGCCACUACUGUCUUCACACAAGCUACCGGCGCCGCCUCGGUAUAUUUUACUGUAGAUUCAGUUAUAGUAUGCGGGGAUGACAAAGCAGUAUAUCCUCUUAUUGUCAUAGAUAGAGAUGAAGAACAAGAACAUAAAAACUUGGUUGUGCUCAAUACCACGGAGCAUUCUGUUUGCAAAUACAGACUUACAAAUCGUUGGCCUGUCGAUCAAAACUGGUUAUAUGUUGACGAAACCGGCCUGCAUACACGAGCCAUCGAUAGAGAACAUGAGUCUAUUGCUUUCAUGACCCUGUCACAAGUUCAAGUUGAACUAGUAUUAGAAUGCGAAGGCGAUACACCCCGUGUCAAAAGAUCUUUAGAUUUUGAAUCGAAAUCUAAAUCUUUGAAUCCUGACGAUUACGGUACCUGGGUAUUGACAAACACAAUAUCAUACAAUUCAAGGCGAAGCUUUGUGAACUUGAUAGUAAAUGAUAUUAAUGACAAUAGUCCAAAUUUUAUUGGAAAAGAAAAUGAACCUAUCGUUGUUGGUUUCCCCAUACCUGAACUCGAAGAAAUUGUUCUACCGCGUGCGUUAGCUGAACUUGAGGCGACGGAUGCAGACAUAGGUGAUAAUGCAGCACUGAUGUACUGGAGUUCGGCGCCUGAGUUGGCGGUGUCACCGUGGAGCGGCGUCGUGCAUGUAGCAAAACCACUGGAUACUGACCUCAUACUGACAGUCAACGCUACUGACCAACAUGGGCUGGGACUUACUGGCUCUUUACAGCUUAUUGUAAAACUGCUAGAUGUGGACAAUAUAGCUAUAAUUAAUGUCAAAAAUGCAUUUUUGGAGGACGAGCGAUACAUCUUGAGUAAUUUAACUAGUGCACUUGGUUACGAUGUCAAAGUUUUAAGGUCUAGUGUUGUGUAUAAUGAUUCACAAGACGAGAAUAACGAAGAAGAACUAAGAAUGAAACGAGAAAUUGCCGAUACGGGGAUAUCACUGCAACUAUAUAUUUAUGGAGUAAUACAACACGAACCAAUUUCAGUAGAUCGUCUUACUGAAGAUAUAGGAAAUAGCGCAAUAACUGCCAUCACUAUAACGGAUACCAUACGUCUGGAAGAUUAUCUGGAAGGUCGCGAGACAUGCACCGCUCCAACACGUGAUGUGGGCUUGCUAGUCGCUACAAUUGUUCUCAGUUCAUUACUCUUCAUACUAAUUGUAGCCAUUGCUGUAUGGUUCUUCCUAAAAUGGAGGAAAGACCGAAAUUAUAAACAAUUUGACGAUGAAGAUAGUAUAGUAUCACGCAAUGAUUCUCUCAGUCAGUUACCUAAACCAGAAAGUCGACCACAACCUAGAAUAAAUUUAGAAGAUCUAAAGAGAAGCGAAAGGAGACUUCAAGAAAUGAUUGAUGCUCCUCCUUUUGUAGAACUACAUGUAGAGCCUAAGCAAAGUUCUGCUAGUGUGCAAAAUAAUGAUGUUCCUGUGGAUACUAUUAUCGAUAUGCCUUUACCAGAUCCUGUAUCCGCCAUUGUAGUUCAAGACAAACUAAAAGAUGCAGAUGUCGAUAUUUCUGAUGAAGAUGAAUUUGGUGAAACGAAAAUACAAGGAAAAAAGUCUAUGGUAACAUUUAAUGAGAAUGUCCAAAAGAUUAUACAUGUUGAUGACAUACCAGAAAAUAAUUUAAAUGAAAACGUCGAGGCCAGAGUGACACGUCGAACAGAAACACUUAUUCAAGAAUACCGUGACAUUUUCACUGAAGAGGAGUAUAACAGUCUUUAUAGGGCCAAACAUAUACACCCAAAAAAAUUAUAUGGCUUACCCAAAAUACACAAAAAGAACGCCCCUCUUCGACCAAUAGUUAGUCAGAUCAAUUCACCAACUUAUGAUCUGGCUAAACAUGUUGCGAAGAUCCUGCAGCCACUAGUGGUGAAUGAGUGCAUGGAGGUGGUCAAGGAUAGGCUAUUGGAGAAAGACCUGCCGUCACAGUAUAGUGUAUUUCUGAAACAUUGCUUAGAUGCAGGCUAUUUUCUGUACCAAGGUGAAUACUACCUUCAAAUAGAUGGCAUUGCAAUGGGGAGCCCAGUGGUACCAUUAGUACUAAUAUUUGGAUGGAGCACAUUGAAACAAAGAUUCUUGCUCUCAGACCAUUAG